UGUAUGUGUGUGUGUGUGUGUGUGUGUGUGUGUGUGUGUGUGUGUGUGUGUGUGUGUGUGUAUUGUAUGCAGUCCUGAGACUUUCAGUUCCAUGUCCCUCAGGAGUCAUGCAAUAUGUUCCUACAAACCCACCCACCCUGUCUAAACCCUUGAUGAUUGUAAUCCCUCGUGUUCUCGUUGGCUCGAGAGUAAAGCGGUCGCAGCACAAGCCGGGCACUAUAAAGGAAGGCGUGCACAGCACCAACCACCAAAGCAUGGACUGAGUCUGCCAGUCAUCUUCUCAGCAAGGUCUUCAUCACCACACACGUAAACCCGAAGGCAUGGCACGUCUUCAGCCGGCGUUCCUCUGGUCCGCCGCCCUGCUGGUGCUGCUGGCCCUGCAGGCCGCCGGCGCCAGGACCACGGCCCGCUCGCCCAAACCUCAGAACACCAAGAAGCCCCCCCGGGCGGGCUCCGGCACCGGAGGAGGAGGAGGAGGAGGAGGGAGGGUCCGGAGGACCACCACCGUCCCCCCGAUGUCCUCCAGCAGCAUGGCGACCGACGAGACCACAGAGUCCAUGACGGACACCUACUCCCUGUCUCCCACCGACAGCACCACCUUCUCCGAAGACGCCUACCCCACGGAUUUCAUUCUGGACGCGGUGGUGCCCCCGGGGGUCCGCCCCGAUAACUUCACCAUAGACCUCAGCCAGUGCUUCUACAACGUCUGUGAAUGCUGCCCCCCCAACAAGAAAUCCCUCGGGCCGCCAGGUGUACCUGGGAUGCCCGGAGCUAAUGGACUUAAUGGAGACCCAGGUCAAGCUGGUCUUCCCGGGCCUAUCGGACCUCCCGGGGUCCCGGGAUUGAUGGGGAAACAGGGUGAUAAAGGUGACCCGGGUCUCAGAGGAGAGAAAGGGGAGCCCGGUUUGAAGGGCGAGCUGGGUCUCAAAGGAGAGGCUGGACCCAAGGGCAGUCCGGGGAUCGACGGCCCCGCCGGCCCCCCAGGGGUCGCGGGGUUGAAGGGUCUGAAAGGGGACAAGGGCGAGUGCCCUCUGCCCCCAGCCGGACCCCCUGGCGAGAGGGGUGAGCCGGGUCUGAACGGCACCGACGGCCUACCAGGGAAGAAGGGAGAGCCCGGAGCCAAGGGAGACCGAGGGAACCUAGGUCCCCCGGGGGGGAGAGGCAUGCCGGGGCCCAAGGGAGACCGCGGCAACAAGGGCGCGCGCGGCGUUCGAGGCCCUAAAGGGGCCCAUGGAGAAGAUGCGCCCCUGAUCCGCUCGGCCUUCAGCGUGGGCCUGUACCCCAGCAAGUCCUUCCCCCCGCCGGGCCUGCCCGUCAAGUUCGACAAGGUGUUCUACAACGAGGAGGGUCACUGGGACCCGUCCGCCAGCAAGUUCAACGCCACCCACCCGGGCCUGUACGUGUUCGCCUAUCACCUCACUGUGCGGAACCGGCCCCUCAGGGCCGCCCUGGUGGUCAACGGCGUGCGGAAGGUGCGGACGCGCGACUCCCUGUACGGCCAGGACAUCGACCAGGCCUCCAACCUGGUGCUGCUGCAGCUGGUCCCCGGCGACCAGGUGUGGCUGGAGACGCUGAGGGACUGGAACGGGGUGUACUCCAGCAGCGAGGACGACAGCACCUUCUCCGGCUUCCUGCUCUACCCGGGCGCCGCACUCCUCUGACCGGGGAUCUCCGCCCGACCGCCCGGCCUGCGACCCACCGUCUGAACUCUGCCUUCCACCCUGCUUUAGAAGAGGGGCUCCCUCUUUAGCCCGUUUUGCACUACUCGGUUCAGUCUUAAUCAAUGCUAUAUGCUGUCAAACGCCACUGCUAGUCAUGUGCCAGCUUGCUGCUUUCACAGCUCAUCUUAAUCAAUGCUUCGCUUGCCCUUAACACGGGUGAG